CCCUCAGUGCGGCCGCCGCGCUUUCCCGCUCCCGCCGCCGCUGCUCGUGCCGCCGCCGCCUCGCGCCCAACCAUGCCCAACAUCGUGCUGUUCAGCGGCAGCUCGCACCAGGACCUGUCCCAGCGCGUGGCCGAACGGCUGGGCCUGGAGCUGGGCAAGGUGGUCACCAAGAAGUUCAGCAACCAGGAGACCAGUGUGGAGAUUGGUGAAAGCGUGAGAGGGGAAGAUGUCUACAUCAUCCAGAGUGGCUGUGGCGAAAUCAACGACAACCUGAUGGAGCUCCUCAUCAUGAUCAACGCCUGCAAGAUCGCCUCCUCGUCCAGGGUGACCGCGGUGAUCCCGUGUUUUCCAUACGCCCGACAAGAUAAAAAGGACAAGAGUCGUGCUCCGAUUUCUGCGAAGCUUGUGGCCAACAUGCUGUCGGUGGCUGGGGCGGAUCACAUCAUCACCAUGGACCUGCAUGCCUCUCAGAUCCAGGGAUUCUUUGACAUUCCCGUGGAUAAUUUGUACGCGGAGCCCGCAGUCCUGCAGUGGAUCCGGGAGAACAUCGCCCAGUGGAAGAACUGUAUCAUUGUUUCACCUGACGCAGGUGGAGCCAAAAGGGUCACAUCAAUUGCGGACAGGUUGAAUGUGGACUUUGCCUUGAUUCACAAAGAGAGAAAGAAGGCGAAUGAAGUGGACCGGAUGGUUCUGGUGGGCGAUGUGAAGGACCGCGUGGCUAUCCUUGUGGACGACAUGGCCGACACAUGUGGCACGAUCUGCCACGCUGCAGACAAGCUACUGUCAGCUGGAGCCACCAAAGUUUAUGCUAUCCUUACCCAUGGAAUCUUCUCCGGGCCUGCCAUUUCCAGAAUAAAUAAUGCUGCCUUUGAGGCUGUUGUUGUCACCAACACGAUUCCUCAGGAGGACAAGAUGAGACACUGCUCCAAGAUUCAGGUGAUUGACAUUUCGAUGAUCUUGGCCGAGGCGAUCCGAAGGACACACAAUGGUGAAUCUGUGUCUUACCUGUUCAGCCACGUCCCGCUGUAAAUGCAGGCGUGAAGUGUGCAUCAAGCCUGCGCUGGCUUCUGUUUCUCUGAUUUGUUAGCUUUAGGGCUCAGCAAUUAUAGGGUAAUGCAAAAGCAUCAGAUCUUUGUAUACUCCAAGAUCUCUUGUUCCCCCUUCUAAAGCUCAAGACCAUUUAUUUCCAGUUUUGGGGGGAGAGAGGUGGUUAUUUGAUCUUUAAGUGAACUGUCUUAAAUGAGAACUGUUUUUGUCAUCUUGACUUGUUCUGAUAGGUGACCUUUUUCUUUGUUUUGUCAGUACUUUGAGGCCACAACUUUCAAGUGUGUAAUUCCAUUGUGGAAGUUCGUAUUUUAUAUUUUUCCAGUUGCCAAAAGUGACUUUAGAUUAAAGCCUUCUGUGUAAAUAUAUAAUGAUAAUGCCUAUGGACAUUUGGGUAAAACCCUGUAUAGAAUUAGCCUUUCACUUCUGAGUGAACCUUAGAAAAUUUAUAAUACCCCGAAUUUUGAAUAUUUUUUUUUCUAGUAACCAGGUUUCAAAUAAACCGUUUUGAUUAUUGUGCUUAAUUUGACCAAAUUUUAUGUAGCUUAAGAUAGCCACUGACAUUUAUUUUUUGGUAAAUAUUAGACAUCUCAGAGGCAAUGUAGUUCAGUAUUUUUUUAUUUUUGGGCCACUUCUGAAAAACAUGUUAACUCUCACUUACCUGAAAUGUCAUAUCCUAAAAUUCCAAAAUUAUGUUCAACAGAUCUGAUCUAGAAACUCACCGUCACAUCCCUGUUCCCCUCUGCCCAUCCAGGAGGCACAGUUCUUUGAGCCUCACGUCCUGCCAUCCUGUUCUUUUACACCCUGUUUUUAGCUCUAGAUUUUACUUGGCCUUUCUCCCGAUAAUUUCAUGUUGUGGAUUUCCACCAAAACAAAGACCCCCCCCCCCCACAAGUCCCCUCAAAUUUACUGGUCUAGUUAUUAUUUUGCUGUUGACGCAAUAAAAAGGUAAGUUUUUUUGAGUGCUGCCAAGUGCAAAUUUAAACAUUAUUUCUGUAGUUUUGAUUUCACGUUCUUUUGCCUUUUGUUAUUAGAAGUAGUAAGUCUCCUGGGCAACUGAUUAUUUUAACUAAAGCUGUUACAUGAAAACGGGGUAAGAAAGGCCCACAACAAAAGUCCAGAUAAGCAAACGUCAGUUGCUCCAUUGGGAUAGUGCUCAAAUGGUGGCCCAAGAGUGGUCGUGGAGGGUGAUUGCUUUAUCCCUAAGAUGGCCUUGACGACAUCCUCCUAAGUGAGGCAGAAGGCAAGGACUGACUUGGUGAAUUUUAUUAUAUGCACCUUGGUGGGUAACCAACUGAAUUCUUAGCCCCAGAAGAAGAGAAUUUACCUACAUAGACAAAGCCUAGGAAUAAUAAACAACCACCUCCCUUCUGCUAGAUCUUAAAACUUGAAGAGAAUGCAGUCUCUGAUCUAAAUUCUGCGGGUGGAAAAAUCCAAUCUAUUUAAUCCAUUAACAAACUUGAACAGCAAUCUUUAAAGUUUCAAACUUCAUUACAGCAGAGGUUGAAUCGAAGUUAGAAAGUAUCAUUUUAGCCAUUGUAGAAACUAGCAUUUUGUUGUACCUUAAAAUGGUUUUUGAGAAAAAAUGAUACUGUAGCCUGGUAAAGUCAGCUAUGCAAUACAGAUUGACUAUGUCUAGAGUUGACUUGAUAUAUGUAAAGAACCUAUUUAGAUGCUAUAUAAUUUUUAGUUUUGAUAAAUGAGUGAUAUCUAUAUUUCUUGGAAUUUCUAUGCAUAGAGAAAUGAAACUGUAGUUAUGAACACGCAUAGGUUGACCGCUUGGCAUACAAGUGUAGACAUGUUGAUAUGACUAAAACCAUUUGAUUUCAAGGUAGUCAUUUCAUUUGAGAUUUAGAGUCUAAGAUAUAGAGGUAGUUUUAAAAUAAUGAUCUUCAGAUAAACAUCUGUAUUGUCCUUCUCUGAGUUAAGAACUGAUUGUUUCUAUCAUUAUUUAGCCCCACUUUUGUUUUUUAAAGUACUUCUAAUACUUUUAUCAACUGAUUAGACUUAGCCGUACAAGUAGCAGUGUCGACCUUAACUCUUCGAAGGUUUCAGUUCAACAAAGAUGAUGAAGAUGGGCUUGAACGCAGUUGAAUCCUAGAACCUAUGUAUCCCUCCCUGCUUGUCUGGAAACAAAUUUAAGUGAAACCACCAAAUAUAUUGGUCUUGUCCAACUCUGCUGAAUGAGGGUACUCGGUGUCUAUCUAGCCAAAAGCGAGAGCCAGAGAAAUAUGAAUAUACCAAAGUUGCUCAGCCUCCAACUUAAAUUAUAUUAACUAACUUAUAGAUAUUCAUAUUAUAACUUUCCUUUGUUAGACAUGAUGUCAGCUAGAUUCAAGAAUGUAACAUUUGCAGUGCUUGUAUUGGUUUAGAAUAUAGGAUUUUAAGAUCUUGGAACACUGUACUAAAACCAUUUCAAUAAAAUCGUGCUACUUACUUCUUUCA